AGUUAUAAUACAUGGCAUCAUGGAAUCAAGAACAAGAAGUAAACCCCUGGAUUCAACCUAUCAUAUAUCCACAGACAUUCAUUGAAACAACGUCAAUCCCAUCUUCAAUGCCUGGUACGACACGAAUAACGAAUACGUUGGCUUCUCAAGAUGUAUUAACACAAUACAAUAUUAAUAAUGUGAAUCGUACGAAGCAGGAAUACAAUUUUUACAACCAAGGCUAUGAUUGCAUAACUCCGAACAAUUAUCACUUUCAAUCAAACAAUAAUACAACUUCUAUCAUCUUUCCCAAUUCAACUCGUCAGGAAGGCACUAAAUACGGACCAUCUUCGUACAUUUUGCCAAAUACAUCGAUCUACCAAUACCAGGAUGCUGCUUAUAAAGAAAGUCAUGAAUGUCCAAUGUCACAUAACAAUACAUAUACAGCAAUACUAACGCCCGAGAUGAUGACCAACACAUCUUUAACAAAGCAAAGAUGUCAUCGUCGUCAGUUUGCAACCGUUGAUUCAAUCAACCAAUAUUAUUGUUCAUCAAAUCCUGUUCUGUCACAAGAAUUGUCAGAAAAAGCAACCAACUCUCAUCAAUAUAUAUUAGAACAUGAUUUUUAUAAUUCAAUGAGAUCUUCAGAAUUUCAAAUUCCAGGCUUCGUACACAAACCAAAUAAAAUCAACAGGAAGAAAUGCGAGUGUCCUAAUUGCAUUAUAAAAGGGGAUAAUGCCCCACUUGGUAAUGAUGGCAAAAAGCAACACAUAUGUUAUGUGUUAGGAUGUGGAAAAGUAUACGGCAAGUCGUCACAUCUCAAGGCGCAUAUUAGAACGCAUAACGGCGAACGACCGUAUUCCUGUAGUUGGCCUUCCUGUUGUAAAAGAUUCACUCGAAGUGAUGAGCUGCAACGUCACUAUCGUACGCAUACCGGUGAAAAGAAGUACCCUUGCCUCAAGUGCCAUAAAAGAUUUAUGAGAAGUGAUCAUCUCAAAAAACAUGUAAAGACACAUGAGAAGGAAAAUAGAAAAUCUCGUGCGAUCAAGAAUAACAUGAACAAAAAAAGAACAGGUGUCAGAGUGAUUGCAUUCAGCACUGCGACAAUGAUCUUCAACUUGCCACUGGUAGAUGGAGGCACGGUGAAUGGAAGAGGUCGACGUAGCGCUAUUAAAGGGGCGGCGCGUCACACAACCCUCCUGACCCCUCAGCCCAUAGAGGAUUCAUGGCUGGCAUCAAGAGGAAGAGGUACAUGCAGGCGGACAGAGGCAGAGGUAGAGAUAGAGGCAAAGAAGCAGUGA